GACACGUGUGGUAGGUUCAAUUUGAACAAGACUUCGUUAGGGCAAGUAAAACGUGGAUCCGCGCCUGUCUUUCGUUGUACAAAUUUGAUCCUUUGCAGCUGAUUUCGGUGUUUCUCCUCCGAAUCUCCGAGAAUUCAAUCUGGUUCUGCCCGCUGUUUUGAUUUUUCAGAAACUCGGGGUGUUCGGUGGUUUUGUUCGGUGGUUCUUUUCCAUCAGGUGAGCAACUCGUCUGUAUGUGGGAGGCUAGGUUUUCUUAAGUUUGAACAAUCCUUCUUCACUCUGGCCGCUACCGCAAAGUCUGACUCUUCUCGCACCUCUGAGCGGGUGUGGGGUGGUCUCGAGGUGGUGAAUUCACCGUGCCUUCCUAGGAAAUCUGCAUCAUCGAUAGUAUGGAGGCUCCGUCGUGUUUCAGAGGGUCUGUCCAUUGAUUACGGCUAAGGUGAAGUUUUUCUGUUUAAUCUUAUCUGCUGUUCAGCUGGCCCCUGCUCUAGGAUGUAGUAGUAGUUGUUAAAUGAGACAAAAAUGGUCAGGUUUUCAUGUUUCAACACAGACGCCCAUCAGCACAAAUCUAAGAAAACCUUGGAGGCUUUCUCAGAACGAGUCAAAGAAGACGGAUUUACUUCUAAAAGCUUGAGCUCUGUCAUCUAUGGGGGAAGCAUCACUUCUGUUUAUGGAAACAGCAAACCCACUGGUUUUAAAGAUCGUGACUGGAAAUCUGAGGACAUUAAGACCAACAUCAAUCUUGAGCGUGAUAUUGAGAUACAUCAGGUAAUGAAUCUCAUGAAAAGUCAGUCGCAUGGGGAUGUAUUAUACUUGGAUGGGAGUGAUGCCACAGAGAAUGGUACAGAUGAUGGGGUAGACCGCAUGACUUCUCCAGAUUAUCUUAAACGAAAUUGUUUUGUAGCACCCGGCAGUAGCAAGCAAGUAGAAGGAAGCCCGUCUAGUCUAUAUCAGAAAGCUCCUCUAAAUUCAGAUCAAGCCGUCAAUGGAUCAUUCUCUGUUGGUGAUCCUCAUCGUGCUGAUAAAGACAACCAUCAGUUGGAAGAUUCAUCUUUGUCUGGUGAACAAGCGGGUGAUUCAAACAGCCAUAUGCCUCGCACAUCACCAGCGAUGGUGAGAUCAAGUUCAACGCCUAAUAUUGCUGACUCCAUACACGCAUCAGGAAGAGCUUCUCUUUUCAAAUAUUCAUCUGGUCACUUUAGAUCUUCUGAUGACCUACGUGUCCUAGACAUGCAUCACAGGGAGAAAUCAGACCUUGAGACUGGUACAGAGGCGAGGCAAGAGCAAGGUCAGGAUCAUGGUAUGCAUAAAUCCAGAGGUAACAGUGUGGAAAAUUUCAUGGACGAUGGCUAUGAUACAUAUGGUUAUUCUUCCUUGGCAAAAGAUUGGAUAGUACCAGCUACAGAUGAGCUGAAAUCAAGAGAACCCCAUCAGGGAGAAUCAUCGAAUCAACGACUAGAAUUUCCAAGCAAGGAUUUUAAAAUCAAGCGCAUUGAGGAGUGGGUUAAUGACCUUCAACAUGUCAGCUUGCCCGGUGAAGUGGAUGAAUCAACAGACUAUGAUGAUGAGACAUAUAGGGAACAACACAUUGCAUUGAAUGGGUCGACAGCUGCUAAGGUAGAUCUCAAGUUAAAUCCUGGAAUGGAAGGCACAAAGAAAUAUAUAUCUUCUUUAAGUGCCUCUUCUACCACGGCACAUCUGGUGAAUCAUGGCCUGGUCGUGAUUCCAUUCCUCAGUGCGUUUGUUGGCCUGAGGGUGCUUAAUCUAUCAGGAAAUGCAGUAGUUAGGAUCACUGCAGGUGCUCUUCCUCGGGGACUCCAUGUACUGAAUUUGUCCAAAAACAGUAUAGCAACUAUCGAGGGCCUACGUGAGCUCGCCCGGCUUCGCAUACUAGACCUGAGCUACAACCGAAUACUAAAGAUUGGUCAUGUUUCUGGUGUCAACAUAGGCCUGGCUUCUUGUUCCUCUCUGAAGGAACUAUACCUAGCUGGGAACAAAAUCAGUGAAGUAGAGGGCCUCCAUCGUCUGUUAAAGCUAACUGUGUUGGAUUUACGCUUCAACAAGAUCUCGACGGCCAAAGGUCUAGGCCAGCUCGCUGCUAACUACAAUUCACUUCAGGCCAUAAGCUUGGAAGGUAACCCUGCCCAGAAGAACGUAGGAGACGAGCAACUGAAAAAGUACCUGUUGGGUAUCCUCCCGAAAUUGGCAUACUUCAACCGGCAAGCCAUUAAGGGUGCGUCGGACCGCCGCCGUGUUGGAGUGAGCAGCCAUCAGUUAGAGCGAGGCCACAGAUCAGAGCUCAAGAAGAGCAGCAUGACGAGUAACCUCGGUGCAGCAAAAGGGCAUAAGCCCUCAUCAUCCAUGGCUGCUCGCAGGACUCAGGCUGGAGCUUCACAGAAGAGGUCCAGGGACAGAAGCAGCCGUCUUCCACCGGCCGGACUAAAAGGGUCUACUCCUGCUGCUGCUGCGUACGAGAUUCAUUACGCUGCGAUUGAAAGUAGAUUAUCAAACCUCAGAUCGGAACUCUCCAUGCGAAGGAGCCGAAGUGAAGGGACUCUGGGAGCUUUCUGACUGAAGC